GUCAGUCUGUCGGUGAACGUCGGUGUGUGGUGGUGCGCAGAUCAUGAAGUUGACGAAGUAGAUGCGGCAGCGGUGAACGGCGUACAGUUGGCAACGCUGCGUCGCGUCACUAUGCGUCGCUGUCCGCGCAUCGCAACUGCGAGGCAGUGGCGGCUCCGCCAAUCAGCGCGCCGCUGCGCUCUCGUUUCCUCCCCCUCCACUCUUCUUCCGCUCUGCCCCCGUAGAAGCUUGAAAAUCUGUAACGGACACCGCAACCGUCGCAUACUCGUCUUCGGGCUCACGCAACGCGUUGGUCUCUGUACUUGAGUCAGUUCGAUAGUAAAAGAAAAAAAAAAAUAAGUCGCCGUCAGUCGCCGCAUUAAGGUACUCAAGGCUCGCUUUCUCGAGAGAUCACAAGUCGGCGAAUUCCAAGAGCAACAUGAGGGAAAUCGUCCACAUCCAGGCCGGCCAGUGCGGUAACCAAAUUGGAGCAAAGUUUUGGGAAAUCAUAAGUGACGAGCAUGGCAUUGACCCGACUGGCACCUACCACGGUGACUCUGAUCUCCAGUUGGAAAGAAUUAACGUCUAUUACAAUGAGGCGUCUGGCGGUAAAUACGUACCGCGUGCCAUCCUCGUCGAUCUGGAACCCGGCACUAUGGAUUCCGUACGUUCGGGACCAUUUGGCCAGAUCUUCAGACCGGACAACUUUGUAUUCGGUCAGAGCGGCGCUGGUAAUAACUGGGCCAAAGGUCAUUACACCGAAGGCGCCGAGUUGGUGGAUUCUGUCCUCGAUGUUGUAAGAAAAGAGGCCGAGAGCUGCGACUGCUUGCAGGGAUUCCAGCUUACGCACUCUUUGGGCGGUGGUACCGGCUCCGGUAUGGGUACCCUGCUUAUUUCCAAAAUUCGUGAGGAAUACCCCGACAGAAUCAUGAACACGUAUUCCGUUGUGCCGUCGCCCAAGGUGUCCGACACAGUCGUCGAGCCGUAUAACGCCACUCUUUCUGUACAUCAACUUGUCGAGAACACCGAUGAGACUUACUGUAUCGACAACGAGGCCCUUUACGAUAUUUGCUUCCGCACCCUGAAACUAUCUACACCAACGUAUGGUGACCUAAAUCAUCUCGUCUCCCUCACGAUGUCCGGUGUUACGACCUGUCUGAGGUUCCCCGGUCAAUUAAAUGCCGAUCUUAGGAAACUUGCCGUAAACAUGGUGCCCUUCCCUCGUCUUCACUUCUUCAUGCCCGGAUUUGCACCUCUCACAUCUCGCGGUAGUCAACAAUACAGAGCUCUCUCUGUACCGGAACUCACCCAACAAAUGUUUGAUGCCAAGAAUAUGAUGGCGGCGUGCGAUCCCAGGCACGGCAGGUACCUCACAGUCGCUGCCAUCUUCCGCGGUAGAAUGUCGAUGAAGGAGGUCGACGAGCAGAUGCUCAACAUUCAGAACAAGAAUAGCUCGUACUUCGUCGAAUGGAUACCGAACAAUGUAAAGACCGCUGUGUGCGAUAUUCCGCCGCGCGGUCUUAAGAUGUCCGCCACGUUCAUUGGCAAUUCCACCGCCAUCCAGGAACUGUUCAAGCGCAUCUCCGAACAGUUCACUGCUAUGUUCAGGAGGAAGGCUUUCCUUCACUGGUAUACUGGCGAGGGUAUGGAUGAGAUGGAAUUCACUGAAGCCGAAUCUAACAUGAACGACUUGGUGUCCGAGUACCAGCAGUACCAGGAAGCUACCGCAGACGAAGACGCAGAAUUCGAUGAGGAGCAGGAAGCCGAAGUCGACGAAAAUUAAAAUAAAUAUUUCGCGGCGGAAGCGACAUUCUAUCGCCCUCUCUACCUAUUCUCUCUCUCUCUCUAUCUCUUUCUCGACCGAGCGAUAACGCAAUACACCCUUCACCCAUGCUUCUUAACUCGUUAUCUCUCCUUUUGUAUCUUUUUUAUGGACUUUUGUUUCGAUCUUUUGCGGAGCGCGCGCGCGCUUUUUUGUUGCUCCCCGUCGAUAUCGCACUUAGUGUGAUAAUUCGAAGAAUGAUUCUUUAUUUUUAAAUGUAUCAUUCUACAAGAUUCAUUACUUUCUCGAUUACUAAUUUUCGCGCGCCCCUACCAUCAUCCACUGUACUACCGCUCUAAGCGGACGCUACAUAUUUGAAUAAAUUAUUAUCAUAUGAA